CCAAAUCGUUACAGUUGUUUUUCAGCUUCUGUACAAGAAACACAAGUGUAGCAAAGAACGAUAGAGAUGGCUACCAUGAAAUGCAUCGUGUUUGUUGUAAUAGUACUAUCCGUUUACUUGAUCGAAGGAGGAGCUGGUGGAUCGAAAGCGAGAAUUGAGAAUGAGAAGGCGCGUGGCAGAAGAGCGCGGAAAAUCCUAGCAUCAGCAGAAGAGGUGAUUGAAGCGGUCUCCAAAUUGACAAAUGAUUCGUCUUCAUCUGAAGGCAAACCUGUUAAAGACCUAUUGGCUGAAGCUAAAAAUGUCCAUAAUAAAUUAAGAAAAAGUAUGAAAUCGAUAGGGAAGUUCUUAAAACAGCGACCCAUGGUAGGAAUGCUAAAGGUGAUCAAAACGCUCUCUGAAACUGUUGGUAACGCGAGCUCUACAAACGCCGUAUUGGACCUUUUGAUUGGAUGGUCAGGCCCCCUGAGCCGAGAGGGAAGCUGCGUGUCCAUGACAACGAGCAUGCUGUCGGACUUGGAGGGUAAAUCGGUCCUUGUCGUGAAACAAUUGAAGACAGAGGGAGGUAAGCGAUUAUCCAUGUAAUUUCUGAAAUCUAUA